AACCACUUCAUAUGGUUGAAGAAAGACUGGAGUUUGUAUCUUUGUGUAUUUCUGUGUUAGUUUUUAAUUCUGGGUUCAGUUAUGGGGGAGGUGAUGAGGGUUUCAGUUUCCAUAGUGAUUAUGUCAAAUGGGUUUCAUUUCCAACAUAAACCAUUUAACCCAAAUAGUUCUGUGCGUAAAAUUGGCUAUCGGCAUUCUCGUCAGUGUUUAGUUUCUAUGUGGUUACCCAAUAUGCUGCCAAUAAAUUUGACAAGUGCAUGUACAAGGAAGGCAAAAUCUCUGACUUUACCAAACAUGGUGGCUGGUGUCCAAUCUGGUUUGGUUUGUGAAGAAGAGGAAGAAGAUAAAGUGGUUCAAAGAGAAGGAGGCUAUGACGCUUCUUUUGUUAAGCAGAAAUUGCCUCCAUGGGGAGAGCUGGCAAUUGACGAGGACUUGGAUAUUGAACCUGAGGUUCCCAUUCAACCCGAAUCAUGUUUAAAAAGGAAGGCUUCAUUGAAUGUAAAUAGGGUAAGCUUUUUAGAGGAGAUGGACGAAGAAACGUUAUCAAAGCGGAUUUUGGUGCUUAGUAGAACAAACAAAACUAGAAGUGCAUUGGAACUGUUUACUUCCAUGGAACUAUCAGGUCUGCUUCCUAAUUUACAUGCAUGUAAUUCGUUAUUAUCUUGCCUUUUGAGAAAUGAGUUACUUGAUGAUGGCUUGAGAGUAUUUGAAUUUAUGAAGAGAAAGAAGCUAGCCACAGGGCAUACUUAUAGUUUAAUACUGAAAGCAGUUUCGGUUGCUGAGGGCUGCAGCUCUGCCAUUGAAAUGUUUGUGGCAAUGGAAGAGGAAAGUGAAGUGAGCGACAGUUUUGAUACCAUCGUCUAUAACACAAUGAUAUCAAUUUGUGGUAAAGUGAACAAUUGGCGUGAAACUGAGAGAUUAUGGAGACAUAUUAAGGAGAAUGGCCUUACUGGAUCACGAGUUACUUAUUGCCUUUUAGUUAGCAUUUUUGUUCGUUGUGGUCAGCACGAACUAGCUCUUGAUGCUUACAAUGAAAUGAUUCAAAACAAAUUUGAACCUGGGAAUGAUACAAUGCAUGCUAUCAUUGGUGCAUGCUCAAAGGACGGAAAGUGGGAUCUUGCGCUAAACAUCUUUCAAAGUAUGUUGGACAGUGGGCUCAAGCCAAAUGCAGUUGCAUUCAAUGCGUUGAUAAAUUCACUUGGGAAGGCUGGGGAGGUUGAACUAGCAUUCAGGGUAUAUAAUAUCAUGAAAUCUUUGGGUCAUUCACCCGAUGCUUACACAUGGAAUGCGUUACUUGGUGCAUUGUAUAGGGCAAAUCGACAUGAUGAUGCCCUUAGGCUUUAUGAGAGUAUCAAGACAAGUCAGGGCUCUCAAUUGAACUCACAUUUGUACAAUAUGGCUUUAAUGUCAUGCUCAAAGCUCGGACUAUGGGAUAAAGCUCUGAAGCUUUUGUGGCAAUUAGAAGCUUCGGGGCAGUCAGUUUCAACUGCAUCAUAUAAUCUUGUAAUCAGUGCUUGUGAGAAGGCAAGAAAACCUGAAGUGGCAUUGCAAGUUUAUGAGCACAUGGUUCACCAGAAGUGCACCCCAGACACAUUUACUUAUCUAUCACUAAUAAGGGGUUGCAUUUGGGGUUCUCUAUGGGAUGAAGUGGAGGAAAUCCUGAAUUGGGCUGCACCAGAUAUGUCUCUUUAUAAUGCUGCCAUUCAAGGAAUGUGCUUAAGAGGCAAAAUUGAAUUAGCAAAGAAGAUUUACACGAAGAUGCGGGAGAACGGUCUGCAACCAGAUGGGAAAACACGGGCUAUGAUGCUGCAAAACUUACAAAGACGUAAGAAGAAGCAGCCUCCUCGUUACAAAACAAGUAGCAAGUUCUCUUAUUAUCGUUGUAACUAACAUCACAGAAAGAUAAGCUGACAAAAGCACAUAGUAGUUAGUUAUCUUGUUGAUGACUUGAACCAGCUGGUUGCAGAAUUGUACUAUAUAGCAGAAACACCGGGAUGGUUCAUUUUGCCAUUAUUCAUAAAUUAGUCAUUCAAAGAAGGUUGCUUUCAUCUUU